AAUGGGUGGACAAGCCUAUUUUUGUUAAGCAUUGAUUGAAACAGAAACAAGUGGCUUAAGACUUCUUAAUGUAUUUCAUUAAAUGCAUUAUAAUUAUUUUGUUAUUUACUUGUUAAAAAUUGUAGUUUUCAAAAAUCUUAGUGAUUAGUUAAUCAUUCUGUUUACAAUCUUAUUUCAUUUUCCUGAAAAUGAAUCUUUUAUGCUUCUAUUUUAUACGAGCACUUUUGUGAUUGCUCUUGUUAGAAACCUUGCAAAAUGGAAUGCACAAGUUUAAAUACCAAGCGAGAAUUUCCAGUUAUAAAGACAAUAUACCUAACGAAAAUUGGAAAUUUAAAUUAUAAAGAUGAUACUAACUCGAAUCAGCCUGUCCAUGAAGUCCCUACAUCAUCAUCUGUGAGCUUUGAUCCUUCAUGCGUACAAAAAAGAAAAAAAUCAAGAUACCCCUGUGAAGUGUGUCAAAAAUAUUUCCCUUCUAAAGGUCAUCUUCAGAUACAUAUGAGGACACAUACUGGUGAAAAACCAUAUAUUUGUUACUUGUGUGGAAAAGAUAGUGCUCGAUUACAUGACCUGAAAACGCACAUCUUAACCCAUUCAGAAAAAAAACUCUAUGGUUGUACUUUUUGCCCAUCACAAUUUAAUCAAAAAAGUAAUUACACUCGCCAUUUAAGACUGCAUAUACGAUCGGAUGGAAUGAAAUCUAAAAAGAAAUUGAAAAAACAUAUUUGCGAGGUUUGCCAAGAAACCUUACCUUCAAAAACAGCAUUAUAUAGCCAUCAGUUUGCUCACUUUGGAAAGAAGCCUUUCACGUGUGAUGAAUGUAAUAAAGGAUUCACUAGACAAUAUGAUUUGAAAGUUCACCUUCGAAUACAUACUGGUGAAAAACCUUAUACCUGUAAAAUUUGUCAUGUCGAUUUUCGCCAACAAUGUAACUAUCGUAGGCACUUAAGAAUACAUGAGGGAAAGUAAAUCUUUUCAUUGUUUUGUAAUCUUUUUCUUUUUUUUUACUUGGAUUGAAAAUGCUCAAAUUUUGAUGCUAAUUGCAUGACUUUCUUUGUUAGAAAUAGUUAUCUAUAGUGUUUCUUAUGUUUUAACUUCAUAUUAUGUGCGUCAAAUCAAAAUAAUGCUCUUAAUACAUGAAAGAAAAUAAAUGUUUUUGUUAUUUCGUACUUCUCUUUUACAUGAUCUAUUUUACUUUGACUUAGAAACUGAAAAUAGGGAAAAUGCUUAAAUUUAAUUAAGUUUAUAAUGAAUGAUGUUCUAUUGUUACCAAUCAAUUUAGAGAUAUACAUUGUUCUUAAUGUGUCUUAAUUCAGUAUUUCAUAUGUCAAAUCAAAAUAAGACUCUUAAUACGUGGGAGAAAAUAAAUAUCUUUUAUUUCAUAAUCCUUUCUACUUGGUUUAUUUCAUUUUUACUUAGAAAACCGAAGUAGUAAAAAUGUUCCAAUUUAAUUAUGCCUGUAAUGAAAGAUUUGUUUCCUGUUACCAAUACAGUAUACAGUAUUUUAAAUGUGUCUUAAUUCUGCAAAUUUCAUGUCAAAUCAAAUCAGUGAAUUUAAGAAUACUUGAAGGAAAAUAAAUUUUGUAAUCCUUCCUACAUGGUUUAUUUUAUUUUACUAUGAAACUGAAACUGGUAAAAACACUCAAAUUUUUUAUUAGAGUUAUAUUGCAUGAUUUUCUAUUAUGAGGAAUUAUUUAAAAAAUAUGUAAUUUUUUUAAUGCGUCUUAUUUUUUAUGCCAAAUCUGUGUUCAUGUUCAUAUUUCUCUUAAUAGAGUUUUUCAUGUUAAAUGUAAUACCAAAUCUGACUACUUAUUUUAAAAAUCUUGAGUAUUUACUUUACACAAAUAUUGAUAUGUACAAAACUGUGUCAUACUUUUUGAAUCUGUUAACUUAUUUAGAAUCAAGCUCAUUUGUACAAUGAAUUAAAAAUAAAUUUUAAUAAGUUAAAGA